AUGGGAAGACAUAAGAUCGACAUCAGGAAAAUAAACAACAAGAACUACCUCAAGGCCACCUUCUCAAAGCGGCGCAAGGGUCUCUUCCGCAAAGCCACUGAUCUGUGCUGCUUGUCGGGUGCGCAGAUUGCGAUUAUCACCUUUUCACCUGGUAACAAGCCCUUCCUCUUUGGAAACCCCUCUGCCGAAGCUGUCCUAGAUCGAUUUCUUGGUGAACAAGCUUCAUGUACAUCUGAUGAUGAUGAGGAGGAGGGCCUUGGAUCCACUCCUGAAGACAGUGAUCAUGAAGAUUUAGAAGCAUCGCACGAAGAGAGUAGUGAAAUUGAGGAUGUUAUGUAUGAGGACAGAGUCAAUUUUUGGUGGGAUGAGCCUAUUGAUGAUGAAUUGGGUAUAUAUGAACUUCAAAAAUAUAAGGGUUUGCUAGAAGCUUUGAAAGAGAAUGUGGCUACAGACUUACCUUUUAAUUCCCAUGAAUUGAUCAUUAAUGCGGCUAGAGAUUGGGUUAAGGCUACUACUAAUAUUCAUCCUGGAGUUGGUAAAAUUCAGAUUAUGUUAGCUUGGACUCCUCCAGAUAUUGGGGUUCUCAAGCUAAACGUGGAUGGGUCACGUAAAGGCAGCACUGGAAGCAUUGGUGCUGGAGGGGUUAUCAGAGAUCAUGCGGGUCAUUGGAUUGCUGGCUAUUCUGCCAACUUGGGGCAGGGGCAAAUUCUUGAAGCUGAGUUAUGGGGCUCAUUCUUUGGCUUGAAAUUAGCUGUCGAAAAACAUUUAAAUGAUGUUGUUGUUGAGAUGGACUCAACUACUGCUGUGAUGCUUGCUUAUGCAUAA